GCCGUGUUAAGAAAUAACACAUAAAGCCUUUUAAAUCUCAGAAGAAUGUAUACAACACGGUUGUAGAAAAACGUCUUGUGUUGUUUUCGAGUUAUUUCAGUGCAAAGCUCUCGUUCGGUUUGAGGUUAUGUUUAUAAGUUGACCGCUAAGCUUACAAAAGCUGUAAUUAUUUGGUGUUUUAAUUAUUUGAGCAGUGAAUUAAAGUGUUAGUGAUCUGAGCAGCUUCAGAGCACAUUUAUUUUGAUAGUUUUAGUUUAGUAUAAGUGAUAACUCAAACACAGUACAUGUUUACAUAUUUUUGUUACUUGAAUAACGGCGUUUUCUACAAGUGAAGGCACUGUCUGUAUUUUGAAUCGAGGUGAUUUAGUAAAUCGCCGGUGUGUUGUGUGGCGAUGGCAGCGCUGAGCAGCCGGGUGGCAGGCGCGUGCUGCGCAGCGUCGGUGGAGCGCGCAGGACUGCCGGGCCUGCUCCGCGACCUGCUGCGCCUCGCCGAGGACCAAGACUCCGCGGAUGUUGUCUUUAUAUUGGGCACUGCAGAGGAAAAAGUGUAUGCCCAUAGAAUAAUCUUGUUUGCAAGGUGUAAAAGUUUUCAAAACACGAAGCGCGGAGAAAUUUGCCGAAUUCCUGGAUGUACUGUGUCGCCAUCUGUCGGCACUCAACCAACGCCCAUCCGCAUGCCGCACGUGCAACCUGAAACAUUCCGGCUUUUCAUUCAAUAUGUUUAUACGGGCAAGCUUCUGCUGCAAGACUCCGGUGUGUUCGAGAUGAUGACGCUGGCCGCUGACUUGGGCGUGGAAGAUCUGCGAGCAGCUUGCGAGGACCACGUCACGUCCACACUCAGUGUUGAGAGUGCAUGCACACUUCUUGCUGCUGCUAUGGAAAUUCAAGAUAGACCUGGUGGUAAGAGCGCCUCCUCGUUCAUGGAGCGGUGCAUCGCGUUUAUCGGCGAUAACGCGUCGGAGUGCGUCAAGACCAACGCCUUCCUAAAUCUGCCCAAGGAGGCGCUCAUCAAACUCAUCUCCUCUGAUUUUUUGUGCCUCGAGGAGGAGGAAGUGUGGCGGUGCGUGCUGGCAUGGGCCAAGCAGCGCGCCGGCGUCACUCAGCCCACCGCGCACUGGGCGGAGGAGGAGCGCGCGCGCGUCUGCCACCACCUGGCGCCUCUCAUGCAGCACGUGCGUCUGCUGCUCAUCGACAGCGCGGUGUUUGCGGAGGAGGUCGAGCCGACGGGCGCGGUGCCGAUGGAGCUGUCGCUGGAGCGGUACCGGCGCGCCGCCCUGCACUCCGCGCCCCGCCCCGCUCCCCGCCCCGACCCCGACAAGCGCACGCAGCCCAGGUUGGCGGUAAACCUGUUCGCGGGCUCGGCGAUCCUGCAGCAGGACAAGAGCGCCUUCCAGUCCCUCAUCAACACCUGGUGCGGCAGCCCGAAGCAGUCGUGGCGGCUGGUGUUCCGCGCCUCCGCGCACGCAUUCUCCGCGCACGCCUUCCACGCGCACUGCGACGGCGUCGCCCCCGUACUGCUGCUCGUGCAGCUGCAGCGCGGCGAGGUGAUCGGCGGCUACUGCGAGGCGGGCUGGGCGGCGGGGGGCGCGGGGGGCUACGUGUCCGCCGAGCGCGCGCUGCUCUUCUCCCUCGCCGAGCCCCCCGCGCGCUACCCGCUCCUCAAGAAGCCCUUCGCGCUCUGCCACCACCCCGACUGCGGUCCGAUCUUCGGUGCGGGCGCGGACCUGCUGGUGUCGCACCAGUGCAACUCCAACAGCGACAGCUACAGCAACCUGCACUCGUACGGAGACGCCGCUCCCGCCGCGCCCGCCGCCUCCCUCGCACCAGACUACAACUUCACCGUGCGCGAGUACGAGCUCUUCACCUGCGCCCCGUGACCUCUCGCCCCCACCACUCGCCCCCCACACUACUGUGUCAUCUCUGACUACAGUUACACUUAUUGUUACCUUUAUCUGAAACAGAAUUAUUUCUAUCCCAUACAACUUGCACUAUUAUAAUACGAAAAAAUUAACUCUGCCAACUGUCCACAAAUGUUUGCUUCGUGGUUAAUUUUGUGAGGAGCAAACGGUCAACAAACUUAUGAAAAGUUUUAAAUUAUACUAAGUAAGUACAUAAGCGCACAAAUAUAUUGAAGCUUUAAAUGUUAAGAAAUAAAGACAUAAGAUUAACAUUACUGUAUCUGUAAUUUUUUUUAAUAUAUCAUACUAUGUAAGUGAUAUAAUUAUACUUCGUA